GGAAAAAAAAUCAUUUUUACAAAGAGUGUACAAUUUUCAAAUUUUGUUCUCCAGAUAAGUGCAUUUAACCCAAAGAUCUGAUCUCUGUCUUCUCUCUGGGUUUUUAGGGUUCCGCGGAAAGAAAUUGAAAAUGCAGCUGACACUUGAAUUUGGUGGGGGAUUGGAGUUACUAUGUGACUCUGUGAAGAUCCAUAAUGUCAGCAUUGAUCCUGAAAAUGGAGUGGGAAAGUUAAUUAUGAAAGAUUUACUCUCUUGGGUUCGUACUAACCUGAUCAAGGAGCGGCCAGAAAUGUUUAUGAAAGGCGACACUGUAAGACCUGGUGUUCUGGUGCUUGUAAAUGAUUGUGAUUGGGAGCUUAGUGGGCAGCUUGACACAACAUUGGAAGAGAAAGACGUGGUAGUGUUCAUAUCCACCUUGCAUGGAGGCUAGCUUUAUCAGGAAUUUGUCCUUUUCAGAUUGUAUCUACUAAAUAGUUGUCUGACAUAAUAUAGUACUUGGGCAUUUUAAUCUUAAAAAUCUGUAUUUUUCUGGACAUUCGUCCCACCGAUAUGGACAUUAUUAUCUUGAAAUAUAUACAUGGUAAUCCUGGUCAGAUUUUGCUCUGA